AUGAAAGAUUAUUUUAUCGAGCGUCUGAGAUUUCCUGCUCAUGAUUUUCGGAGGCGGUUUUGGAUGAGGAGAGAGCUUUUUGAAAGCAUCUUGAAUGCAGUUGUUAAUCAUGACUACUACUUUGCAAUGAGGCUAGAUGCCGCAGGCCGACAAGGUCUAUCACCUCAUCAGAAACUCACAUCUGCUUUUUGCAUGCUAGCUAAUGGGUGCUCUGCAUACUCAACUGACGAGUAUUGCCGACUUGUAGAAAGUACUGCUAUUGAGAACCUAAAGCGCUUUUGUAAGGCAAUUGAAGGCAUAUAUGGAGCCACAUACCUCCGCAACCCAAAUCGUGAAGACUUGAAGAUGCUUCUACGUAAGGCGGACAAAAGAGGCUUCCCUGGCAUGAUAGGAAGUCUCGAUUGUAUGCAUUGGGAGUGGAAGAAUUAUCUUACUGCUUGGGCUGGCCAAUUCAAAGGCCAUCAUGACAAGCCAACCAUCGUGCUCAAGGCUGUGGUGUCUUACGACACAUGGAUUUGGCAUGCUUUCUUCGGCGCUCCUGGAUCAAACAACGAUAUCAACAUUCUUUGGUCUUCUCCUUUGUUCGAUCAUGUUGUUAAUGGAUAA